UUCAGUCAAGCCGCGAUCGCCGAGCUCUACGGACGUCUCUAUCUUCAUACCUCUUCGUGAAUCGGAGUGAACCCAAGUGCCGACCGGAAAAUUCUUUCGGCCAAGAAAGGUCUUCGAAAAAGAUCUAAAUCGAUUGUGUUUUUGUGUAAUCCCCAUUGGAUGUCUCUGAACGCCGAACGAUCGUACAAAAUGAAGCUGCGCGACGUGGAAAAUGCCUUUAAAUACCGGCGUAUACCGUAUCCCAAGCGUUCCGUGGAGCUGAUCGCCCUGCUGGCUAUUUCGUGCACCUUCUUCCUGUUCAUGCACACGAACAAAUUGAACAGUCGCCUCAAGGAGAUGGAGGUGAAGCUGCAGCCAUCGGAGUUUUCGGCCCUGGGUCUAACGGGCAACCACAUCAGCGGACACGAUGCGGGCAAGCACGACGACAUCAACACCCUACACGGCACCUACCAAUAUCUGAAAAGCACCGGCCAGCGGGUUGGAUAUAAUGUACAUGAUCGCCGGAGCAGCGAGGAGGAAAUGCGGGAUCCAACGGGACAUGGACAUCAUCAUGAUCACCACUCGCACCACCAUCAUGUGCACCAUCAGGCAAAGAUCGAUGGCCAUAACCACAAGGCCGAACAUGAUAAACAACUGGCUGUUCCCGACAAUAAACACAAGGAAGAUGAUGUCCACUAUGAAGACGACGAGGAAGAUGAGGAAGAGGACGAUGACCUGGCUAAUGGUGUUGGAACCGGGGAUGAUGAGGGCUUCAAUUUCAAAGCCGAUCUUCUGAACAACACCAAAUUCGCCGAGGUGGACUUUGUCUUCUUCAAUCGAGUCCCAAAAGUGGGUAGUCAAUCUUUGAUGGAACUGAUGGCUCGGUUGGGCAAGAUCAAUGGCUUUACCCAUGCUCGAAAUAAGGGCAGUGCCCAUGAAACGGUCCUCAUGAACAAACAACGGCAGAAUGAUCUUAUAGCUGAUCUCCUGAUCCGACCAAAGCCACAUAUAUAUAGCCAGCAUAUUGCCUACAUUAACUUCACUCGCUUCCAUUUGCCCAAGCCGAUUUAUAUUAACCUAAUCCGUGAUCCUAUCGAUCGGAUUAUCAGCUGGCAUUAUUAUAUUCGGGCUCCGUGGUACUACCGCGAUAUGCAGGCCAAGUUGGGAGACAAGGCUGUCCCCAUGCCCUCGGAGGAGUUUAUGAAUCUUGAUCUGGACACAUGUGUAAAAAACCAGGAUCCCCACUGUACUUUUACACAAAUGCAGAUCAAGAACCCCGUGGGCGAUCAUCGCCGGCAGACGUUGUUCUUCUGUGGCAUGAAUCAGAAGCUGUGCAUGCCCUUUAACUCCGAGGCCGCCAUGCAAAAGGCCAAGCGAACUGUGGAGACGGAAUACGCAGUAGUGGGAACCUGGGAAGAUACAAAUAUUACGCUUUCCGUACUGGAGGCCUAUAUACCACGAUAUUUCCGCAAUGCCAAAGUGGCCUAUUACUUGGGCAAAGACCGUCUGUCGCGAGUAAAUCGCAACAAUGUCACUCGAAUCGUCAGCGACGAAACUCGACUUAUUUUGAGAAAAAAUCUUACCAACGAGAUCGAGUUUUACGAGUUUUGCAAACAGCGUUUGUAUCUUCAGUACGCUGCCUUGAGCGAUGGAAAGCGGUUCGGGGACGAUGACUACCUUUUGGUACCCGAACAGCAAAACGAUUACAAUGAGGAGUAUUAGUAGGGACUAUUAAGAAUAAUUUAACUAAGUAAAAAGCCAGUAUAAACUCAGGACUGUAUAGAACGCAUAAAAUUAAAUAAAUGGAACACUAUGCUA